UUUAGGUUAAGUUUGUGAUUAAAAGGAAUACAGUUCAGUUAGUUUAAUAGUAACUUGCUAAUAUUCCCAACGACAACGACUUUCUUAACUACAUUCAGAUCAAACAAAUCAAGGUUUUUAUUUGUGAUGAAAAACCUAAGCAGUCAAGUCACGCAGAGUAUCUUCAAAGGUGUCAUCAAAUGUGCAGAUAAAGAGCUUCAGUUGAAACCCACAUUGAUGGGAGGUCAAUGCUUUAGAUGGCAGCAAUUACCACAAAACGAGUCAGAAUCCAACAUUUUGAAAUGGAGAGGAGUGUUUAACAGUAAUGUCUGGGAACUUUCGCAACAAGACAAUCAGCUGUUUUAUGAAGUUCUCUGUGGUUCCUCAGCACCUAGUGACAAUUCAAAUGCAAAACGUAAAAGAACGUUAAAAGAAGAAAAAAUAUCACAAAAGGAAGACACUUUUGAAAAACAGCUGACUGAAUAUUUGAGACUCAAUGAAAACCUGGAAGAACUGUACUCUGAAUGGUCCAAUCGGGAUCCUAUUUUUAAACAAAGUGCUGUGGAGUUUUAUGGAAUCCGUGUCCUUAAGCAAGACCCGGUUGAAAAUAUAUUUUCCUUCAUAUGUUCAACCAACAACAACAUAUUGAGGAUAACGUCAAUGGUGGAGAAGCUAUGCAGGUUUUACGGUGAAAAGAUUGCGGAGAUCGAUGGAACGGAAUAUUACAAUUUCCCUCCAGUCUCCGCUCUAGCUGCAAACGGAGUAGAAGAAAAGCUGCGGAAAGAAGGAUUUGGAUAUAGAGCCAAAUACAUUCAUCACUCAGCGAAGCAAAUUUUAGAAAACGGAGGAGAAACUUGGCUUAAGAAGCUGCAGAGUUUGCCAUACGAGGAAGCAAAACAGCAGUUGAUGACUCUUUCUGGAAUCGGAGCAAAGGUCGCAGACUGUAUCUGCCUAAUGUCUCUAAACCAUUUGGAAGCCAUUCCAGUUGAUACACAUGUGUUUCAAAUCAGCCAAAGGUAUCUCCCUCAUCUCAAAUCAUGUAAAACUGUUACUGACAAAGUCUACAAUGAAAUUGUGUCUCAUUUCCAAAAUUUGUAUGGGAAAUAUGCUGGAUGGGCUCACUCGGUAUUGUUUUGUGCAGACUUAAGACAGUUCCAGUCUACAUCCAACAAAGAAAGUAGUUCAAAGUCAGGAAAGGGAACCAAACGAAAGCUUAAAAACUAAAUGUAGGCUAGGAAAUAAAAGCUUUUUUAUGAAA